AUGCCUAUGUUACAAGACCCUUCUGUUAAGUACAGAAAGUUCCCUGAUAUCAACUUACCCAACCGUCAAUGGCCAUCUCGUUCAUUGGAUAAACCUCCAAGAUGGUUAUCUACCGAUUUAAGAGAUGGAAACCAGUCCUUACCAGAUCCAAUGUCAGUCGCUGAAAAGAAAGAAUAUUUUAAAAAAUUAGUCGCAAUCGGAUUCAAAGAAAUUGAGGUCGCUUUCCCCCUGGCUUCACAAACUGAUUUUGAUUUCACUCGCUUUGCAGUGGAAACUGCCCCAGCCGACGUUGCUGUUCAAGUCCUUUCUCCAUGUCGUGAAGAAUUAAUCAUUAGAACAAUUGAAUCCUUAAAGGGUGCCAAGAAGGCUAUUGUACACAUAUAUCUCGCCACAUCAGAUUGUUUCCGUAAUGUUGUCUUCGGCCUUUCGAAACAACAGUCAAAGGAAUUAGCUGUCAAAUGCACAAAGUUGGUUAGAAAGUUAACCAAAGAUGACCCUAGUCAAGCAGGAACUGAAUGGGAUUUUGAAUUUUCUCCUGAAACUUUCUCCGAUACCGAUUUAGAUUACGCCGUGGAAGUUUGUGAAGCUGUCAAAGAAGCCUGGGAACCAAGUGAAUCAAAACCAAUAAUUUUCAAUUUACCCGCAACUGUUGAAAUGGCGACUCCAAAUGUAUAUGCUGAUCAAAUUGAAUAUUUUGCCACUCAUAUCACCAACCGUGACACUGUAUGUAUUUCAUUACAUCCCCACAAUGAUCGUGGUUGUAGUGUUGCUGCUGCCGAAUUGGGUCAAUUAGCAGGUGCGGAUAGAGUGGAAGGUUGUUUAUUCGGAAAUGGUGAACGUACAGGUAACGUUGACUUGGUCACUUUGGCGCUCAAUUUGUAUACUCAGGGUAUUUCUCCAAAGCUUGAUUUCUCCGAUAUAAAUUCUGUGAUUGAUGUUGUGGAAAGAUGUAAUAAGAUUCCUGUACACGCAAGAGCGCCUUAUGGCGGGUCGCUUGUCGUUUGUGCCUUCAGCGGUUCACAUCAAGAUGCAAUUAAGAAAGGAUUUGCUGCUCACCAGCAAAAGAAAGAAAAAUCUGGUGGAAAAGAAGUUCAUUGGCAAUUACCCUACUUACCUUUGGAUCCAGAGGAUAUUGGAAGAACUUAUGAAGCCAUUAUUAGGGUUAAUUCUCAGUCUGGAAAGGGUGGUUCGGCUUGGGUUAUUUUACGUAACUUAGAAUUGGAUUUACCAAGAGGGUUGCAGAUUGCCUUUUCUAAAGUUGUCCAAGAUCGUGCGGAGGUUAAAGGUCAAGAAUUAACGAAUGAAGAAUUAUGUGAGUUGUUUAAACAAGAAUACUUUAUCGACUAUGAAGAUUCUCCACCUCAAGAUCAAUACUACAAAUUGGUGGACUAUUCUAUUUCAACGCCUAGCAAGGGCCAGAAAGAGAUUCAGGCCGAAUUGGAAGUGAACGGCAAGAUCGUGAAGAUUAGUGGACAAGGUAACGGUCAGCUUUCCGCUUUCAACAAUGCAAUUGCUAAAUAUUUGAACAUUGAAAUCGAAAUUAAACAUUAUCACGAACACUCCCUUGGAGACGACUCCAAUUCUCGUGCUGCAACAUAUAUCGAAGUCUUAUUAAAGAACAACAACAUUGCAAGAUGGGGUGUUGGUAUUCAUGAAGAUGUUUCGCAAGCUUCGUUCUUAUCUUUAGUUUCAGUUUUGAACGGCUUACAAAGAAACCAAAGCAUUUAA